CUCUGCGCUCUCCACCAGCUCAUGCGACCGGACCAGGUCCACAUUGACUUCGGAACCCCAGAAGGGCCGACUCCACGCACCUCGGACGAGUACGAACAGGUCUCCUACCCCUCUACACACAACCACGACCACCAACAUCACCACACCACGCAUACGCACACACACCGUAACGAGGGCGGCAACGAGAGCUUACCCUUGCACUACAUGUCUGAAGAGACGGCACGCAGGCGGGUCGCCAAAGGCCCCGGCAACUCGGGCGGGUUCAUGAGCGGGGAGGAGAGCGAGAAAGACAUGCCGUACGACGAUACGGGCAAGGACGUUUACUCCAAGAUGCGCCCCGGCGCUGGCGUGCCCCGCGUCAGCAGUGGCCGUGUGCACCGACCCCCUCCUCCCCCACCCACCUCCAUCACCGAAUACAUCCACCAAAAUAUGGACAUUGUCACGCCCAUCUUCUACACCCUCCUCUCCUGCUGGAGCCGCUUCCGCAAGAUCGGGCUCAACGACCACGUCGUCUGGGACGAGGCGCACUUUGGCAAGUUCGGCUCGUACUACCUCCGGCGCGAGUUCUACUUCGACGUGCACCCGCCGCUGGGCAAGAUGCUCGUCGGCUUCGCGGGCGCGCUGGUCGGGUACGACGGGAGCUUCCAGUUCGAGAGCGGCGCGCAGUACACGGAGAACGUGCCGUAUGUCGCGUGGCGCGUCGUCAUGUCGAUGUUUGGCGUUGCGCUCGUUCCGAUUGCGUGGUUCACCGCUGUUGAGCUGGGGAUGAGCCAGUUUGCGUGUCAUGUGGUUGCGCUUAUGGUUCUUUGUGAUGUCGGCUGGCUGGUCAUCUCGCGGUUUAUCCUUUUGGAUUCUAUGCUUUUGUUCUUCACGUUUACUACUGUCUUCUUCCUCGCUAAAUUCCAUAAUGAGCAACACCACUCGUUUUCGUUCGACUGGUGGAUGUGGCUCACUCUGACCGGGUUUUCCAUUGGCUGCGUGUGCAGUGUCAAGUGGGUCGGUCUGUUCGUCACCUCCGUAGUAGGUCUCUACACCAUCGAGGAUCUCUGGGAAAAGUUUGGCGAUCUCAGGUUGUCGAACCGCCAACAAAUCCGGCAUUGGGGUGCACGCAUUACGUGUCUCAUCACGAUCCCAAUCCUCGUCUACAUGGCCUCGUUCAAGCUCCACUUCAUGAUCCUUAACCAUUCCGGUACGGGCGACGCGCAGAUGAGCUCACUCUUCCAGGCGCACCUCGUCGGAAAUGACUUUGCGACCAACCCUCUGGAGGUUGCCUACGGAUCCAGGAUCACACUCAAGAACAUGGGCUGGGGCGGUGGCCUUCUUCACUCGCACGUCCAGACCUAUCCCACCGGCUCCGAGCAGCAGCAGGUGACGUGCUACCACUACAAGGACAACAACAACGAGUGGAACAUCCUCCCCCGGUGGGACGAGCCCGCGUUCGACCCAAACUCCGAUAUGCGCUUCCUGAAGCACGGCGAUAUCAUCCGGCUGCAGCACGGCCCGUCGACGCGCAACCUGCACAGCCACGAGGUCGCGGGGCCGAUCACGAAGGUCAACUACGAGGUGUCAUGCUACGGCAAUGCCACCGUCGGAGACUACCACGACUAUUGGGUUGUCGAGGUGCUCGACGAUAUCAAGCAGGGAAAGAGGGAGCAUGUGGAGAAAAUCCAUGCGCUCACGACCCGGCUGAGGUUUAGGCACUCUACGCUGGGGUGUUAUCUGCAUGCGGGAACGGUGCCGCUGCCGCAGUGGGGGUUCAAGCAGAUCGAGACGACGUGUAUCAAGGAGAAUGAUCCGAGCGAUGCGCAUACGAUUUGGAAUGUGGAGGGGCACUGGAACGAUCGGCUUCCACCCGCCGAUGCGACGUACCACAAGUCUCCCUUCUUGCGCGACUUCUGGCAUCUCAACGUUGCGAUGAUGACGUCGAACAACGCGCUGAUGCCCGACGUCGACAAAGAGGACAUCCUCGCGUCCGUGCCGACCGACUGGCCCCUGAUGCGCCUCGGCCUGCGCAUGUGCGGAUGGGGCGACGAGAUCCCCAAGUACUACCUGAUCGGCACGCCAAUCGUGUGGUGGGGCAGCUUCGUGGCGAUUAUCAUCAGUGUGUUUGUGCUUGGCGCGUACCUGCUUAGGUGGCAGAGGAAGUAUGUGGAUAUGGACGCGCAUGAGUGGGGCCACUUUUUGUAUGUGGGCAAGAUUGCGUUUUAUGGCUGGUUUUUGCACUAUAUUCCGUUCUUUAUCAUGGGUCGUGUCACAUAUGUGCACCACUACCUCCCGACGCUCUACUUCGCCGUGCUUAUGUUCGGGCACGUGUUCGACCACUUCUUCUUCAGCUCACGCCGCCUGUCCACCAAGACGAAGCGCAUCGUCUUCGGCGUUGUCACAUUCCUGAUCGUCGCCAACUUCUGGUGGUUCCGCGGGCUCGCGUGGGGCAUGGAGGGCCCGAUCAACGACCAUUGGGGUCUUCAGUGGCGCAAGAGCUGGAAUAUCUACAACAUAUAAUGAUGGAGGUGAUAACGAAGGGGAAGAAGGAGAUGAGGACUAUGGGUCUUUUGUUGGCAAAUGUUUCGGCGGGGGUAAAUUAUAUGUUUGAAGUAAAAAGGAGUCGGCUGUUGGCUGUUGGCUGUUGGAGAGUACCCGAUACACACUUGAGCCUGUUGCUUGUCUAAUUAUCUAUUGGUCCCCGUUCAACUCCUGCUCUGCAUAC